CGGCGAAGAACUUGCAAUGUUCUUCACCCUUCUAAAUACUGCAAUGUGCACACACAUCUGUCAGCACUGGAAACACUCUGAUGACACGAGGACAUGCGCGGUUUAUGUGCGCACUGGUACAGGAAACGGCAAGAGCUCCACAGAGGCGACAGUCUGUCUGAACAUCUAACUAAAAAUGCCAUUUUUCUUGCUGAAUGAUUUGAAAAAAAAAAUGCAAGGAACCGGAGUGUAUCGCUUCCAUGCUGAUGCCCCACUUCUGGUUGGAAUUCUCAUUGCUAGGAAACCACUGGCUGCUGCUGGGGAUGGCUCCAAAUGAACAGCCUAAAGAUGCAUGAGAUUUCUGUGGAUGCGACGUUAAAACCAUCCACAUGGUUUUGGACUUUAGGUUUAGGACUACAUUUUCGAUGGCUGCUUUAGGACAAGUCUUUAUCAAUCAACGCCGUGCCAUCAAAACCAACCAGGACCUGCUUCCUGAGACGCCAUGGACCAGCGUGUUCUAUGAUGAUUUCUGGGGUACUCUGCUCACACACAGCGGCAGCCACAAGUCCUACAGGCCGCUCUGUACGCUGUCCUUUCGCAUCAACUAUGCCCUGAGUGGCCUGGAGCCAUGGGGCUACCAUUUAGCCAACGUGGCACUGCACUGUGCCGUAACAGCGCUGUUUACGCGCCUGGCACGCCUGCUGCUGGGUACGGGCUGCUGGAGGCUGCUCGCAGGCCUGCUUUUUGCCUCACAUCCUGUUCACACCGAGGCUGUGGCGGGCAUUGUGGGCCGGGCCGACGUGGGUGCUGCUCUGUUUUUCCUUCUGGCACUGUUCUGCUACAUGGGCCACUGUGACCAGCGGGCAGAGGGGGCACAGCGGCAGUGUUGGGCGUGGUUCGCGGGCAGCCUGGUCUGCUCAGCCUGCAGCGUGCUGUGGAAGGAGCAGGGCAUCACCGUGCUGGCCGUGGCAGCGGUCUACGACGUUUUCGUCUUUCACCGGAUGAAGCUGCAGCAGCUCCCCGGAAUCUUCUACAAGAAAAAGAACAUGCGCCUCCUGUUAAGUGUGUUUCUUCUGGGCUCCUGGGGGAUCUUCCUGCUGGGGUUCCGUCUGUACUGGAUGGGCAACAAACCUCCAAACUUCUCCAACUCUGACAACCCUGCAGCAGACUGCCCAUGUUUUCUGACCAGGGUACUCACCUUCUUCUACCUGCCCGCCAUGAACGUGUGGCUCCUCCUUUGCCCGGACAGGUUAAGCUUUGAUUGGUCGAUGGACGCGCUACCUCUUCUGAGGAGCAUCACAGAUUGGAGAAACCUCCACUCCAUCAUAUUUUACGCCACACUGCUGGCACUGGCAUGGUUUGGCCUUUUUACUCGAACAUUCAAAGAGAAGGAGACAAAUGGGAAAGCCCAUGUAGCAAACGGAAAGCCCAGCGCCAACGGGCACAGUUAUCAUUCUGACUAUGAACAUUCCAUUCCAGAUUCGGACUCUGUUCAGACAAAUGGGCUCAAUGGGACAAAAAAGCACUAUACAUCUAGGACUUCUUUGCCCACCACUGAGAAUGUUGUGGUCUUCUCAUUAGGGCUGUUAGCCAUUCCUUUUCUCCCUGCCACCAACCUCUUCUUCUAUGUUGGUUUUGUGGUGGCAGAGAGGGUCCUCUAUAUCCCCAGCAUGGGCUUUUGUCUGCUGGUGGCAGUGGGGAUGAGGGCACUCUGGAUCAGAUUAAGGACAAACUCAUCUAGGACUCUGGUGCUUGCCUGCAGUACUUCUCUGGUGCUGCUGUUUGGAGUUAAGACAUUUCAGAGGAACCAGGACUGGCAUAAUGAGGAGAUGCUGUACAAGUCAGGGAUAACUGUAAACCCUGCUAAAGCUUGGGGAAACCUGGGAAAUGUCUUGAAGAACCAGGGGAAGAUGGCAGAGGCUGAGCGAGCAUACAGAAACGCUCUGUACUACCGGAGGAACAUGGCUGACAUGCUGUAUAACUUGGGUCUGCUUCUCCAGGAGAACAACAAGUUCUCAGAGGCACUCCACUACUAUAAGCUGGCUAUCGGGAGUAGGCCAACUCUCGCCUCUGCCUACUUGAACACUGGUAUCAUCCUGAUGAACCAGGGUCGCUUCGAUGAGGCCAAACGAACGUUCCUCACCUGUGCUGACAUCCCAGAUGAAAACCUGAAAGAUCCUCAUGCACAUAAGAGCUCCGUCACCAGCUGCCUCUAUAAUCUAGGCAAGCUGCUGCAUGAACAAGGCCACCAGGAGGAAGCCCUGUCUGUGUAUAAAGAAGCAAUCCAGAAAAUGCCCAAGCAGUUUGCUCCUCAAAGCCUCUACAACAUGAUGGGUGAGGCCUACAUAAGGAUGAACAAGUUAGCAGACGCUGAGUACUGGUACAGGGAGUCUCUCCGGGCCAAACCGGACCAUAUACCGGCGCACCUUACCUAUGGGAAGCUUCUGUCUAUGACGGGUCAGAAAGCCGAAGCAGAGAAGUACUUUGUGAAGGCCAUUCAACUUGAUCCCACUAAAGGAAAUUGCUACAUGCAUUACGGUCAGUUUUUGCUGGAGGAGUCCCGGCUCCUGGAAGCUGCAGAGAUGGCGCAGAAGGCUGCUCAGCUUGACAGUGAGGAGUUUGACGUGGUUUUCAGUGCAGCACAUAUGCUCAGACAAGCAAGCCUCAAUGACGCAGCCGAGAAGUACUACAAACAAGCAGCAAGCCUGAGACCUGAUUACCCUGCAGCCUUGAUGAACCUUGGUGCUAUCCUUCAUCUGAAUGGCAAACUUCAGGAAGCUGAAGCCAAUUACCUGCGAGCCCUGCAGCUCAAACCUGACGAUACCAUUACACAGUCCAACCUGCGCAAGCUGUGGAACAUCAUGGAGAAACAAGGCCUGAGGACAAUGGCCCCUUGACUCAAAAACAUUAAGUGGAGCUCAGUUUGAAAGAUACCCUCUCAUGCGAAGCAAUCCAUAGAUCUUGCACAGUUCGGCAAGAGUUGUCUGUAGAGAGACUAUGGUGUUUCCCUCGUAGGUUUGGUCUGUUGGAGAACUUGCUUGAGGACUUUUACCCAUGCAAGAACUUCUCUGGGGAGUGCAGGACUCGGCGUUCUCAACACGAGCACUUAGGUUGAAGCGGGCUGUUAGUACUUGAAGUUUCUCGAUUCUUUGCUAUUACUUAGAUAAAUGAUGCCUAACUCAAUAUGUAGGGCUGCGUUUGGCAUUUGCAAAAUUAGGAACGAAUGAUUUUUUUUUUUAUAUAUCAUUGGUCUUAAUUUCUUUGGGUUCCUUGAGUUUUAUGAUUAGAUGAUCUAAUCUUUAAGGAUACUGAUUGCAGGAAUUAUUUAGAAAACAGAAAUUCUGGCCACCUCUAAUGGUGCACCAUUUAUUUUCAUUUUUUUGUAAACCAGUGUUGAAUCAUUGGUAAUUCCUGUCCCCUAGCUAAUUCUCUCAACUACAAUUAUAAAGCAGUGAAUGCAAUGGCUCACACAUGCUUCCUCCAAGACAUUUUCACAUUGCUGCUCUUGCGUCGUCACAUGGCAGCUGAACAUUGCAUGAAGGAAAGUGUUAACUGGUCUCAUUUGUACAGACAGUUGACUAGUGAUUCAUCAAACAAACAAAAGCAGGCAAAUAAUAGCUAUUCCUCUAUUGCAGAAAAGAGGUAUGAUUAUUCUUUAAUGGAUUCCUGGUCACUUGUGCAUGUCAGGAUCCAAAUUCAUCUCCUAACCCAACCGUGAACAAUUUACAGUUUAGCUAUUCAUAAGCCUUUAUUAAAUUAUACAUUUUUUUAACAAAUUAUUUAAUUCUUUGUCAUAUUGAGAACAGUUUUGAUGUGCAAACAUUUAUCAAAUGAUUAAGGGGUAAUGACAACAUGAUAAAUUGCCAUAUUGAACACAAUUUGAAAAGUUCAUAUCCUGGAAUAAGUCUCUCUUUUUUGGGGGAAUUUGAGGAAUAUCAUGGAUGGUGGUGAUCAUCUUUAAAUAUUAAUUUGAAGUGUUUAAAAAAAAACAAUAAUAUAGCACCCUUAAAGUUAAUAAGCUACUUGUAGCUUGAAGGAUUUUUCUUUUCUUUUUUUUUUUAAGAAACAAGCAAAAUGUACUGUAGCACAGAAGGCUUCUUUGCUUUUUGUUAAUUAAAAAAAUAUUUCUGUAAUUGACACAGAGCUAAACGACUUUUGGUUCACUCGACUCUGUGUCUUUAGCUAACAGGGUUGUAUCAGUUGUAAACUUUGUACAGAACUGUAUAGAUGAAUGGUGCAGUAAUUUGAGUGUAGUCUGAACAGGAGAUACACACAAAAUGCUACACGUUGGCCUUAUAGAAAUUUGUUCAAAUCUUAUUUUUUACUAUUUCAACCCAAAGCUUUAUCUACUAUGUGUGUGCUGAAGCUUACAGUCUGCCUUUUGCUGCCAUAUGAGUAACACAACCUGGAAGUCCGAUUCCUCUGUAAUUUAAAGGCAUUUAUUUGGAUUGUGUUGUAUUGUUUAUUUAUUUGGGACAAUUUCCAGCCUGUCAUUUUUUUUUUUAUUUAACCCAUCUAGAAACAUGAACAUACACUGGGCCUCAUUUCUCAGUUUUUUUGGUACAGGCCACAACAAACAAUUUAUUUUUUUAUUUUUGAAUCAUUUCCUUUGGGAAUCAGUGUAUAUUAUUUAAUGCCAAUCAAUAAAUUACAAUAAAGUGUGUUAACUGUA